AUGGAGGACGAGACAGACGUUGAUUGGGACUUCUGGGGCAAUCUGAUCAAUGACUACGAGCGCGUGGCCAAGGCCGAGUCGCGCAAGUUGGCGCGCCUGGUGCAUGUGGGGAUUCCGCGGGCCAUCCGCGGCACCGUGUGGCAGCUGAUGACAGGCGCGCGCAACGACGCUUCGCUGGGCGACGCGUUCCGCGCGCUGGUGGACAAGGACGCGGACCCAAAGAUCGAGAAGCUGAUCCGCCAUGACCUGGCGCGCACGUUCCCCAAGCACGCAUAUUUUAAGGACGCAGGCGGCGCAGGGCAGGAGGGUCUGUACAACGUCCUGCAUGCGUAUGCGCAGUACGACGCCGAGGUCGGGUACUGCCAGGGCCUGUCGUUUAUUGUGGGCCCCUUGCUGCUGAACAUGCCCGACGAGGAGGCUUUCUGCGUGCUGGUCAAGCUGAUGUUCACAUACGGCCUGCGCGGCCACUUCUUGCCCAGCAUGGACGAUCUGCAGCUGCGGCUGUUCCAGUUCGACAGUGUGUUUGUCGAGGCGCUGCCGUUGCUGAGCCGCCAUUUCGCGCAGCAGGGCGUCGACUCGACCAUGUUUGUUUCGCAGUGGCUGAUGACUUUGUUCGCCUACCGCCUGCCAAUGGAUCUGACCAUGCGUCUGUUUGACGUGGUGUUUGCCGAGGGUCUGGACUUUUUGCUGCGCGUCUCCAUCGCCGUGCUGCAGCGCUCGCAGACCCGCCUUCUGAGUCUGCAGUUCGAGCCGAUUCUGCAGUACCUGAACGAGGGCCCGCUGUUCGCCUUCUACGUGCACGCCUCCAAGGCGCAAUUGGUAAGGGACGCCAACAAGAUCACUGCCGUCACCCCCAAGGCCCUGCAGAAGCUGCGCAAGCGCUAUAUUGAGGAGGCCGAGCGCCGCCUGGAGGAGGAAGAGGAGGGCGCCAGACUGCGCCACGAGAACGAGGAUUUGGCCAAAGAAAACAGCCAUUUGCAGCAGAUGCUGCAGCAGGUAUCUUUGGAGCACAGCGAUUUGGCCGGGCAACUGGCCGGACUGCAGCGCGAGGUGCAGGAGCGCCGGAGCCAGGAGACGAGGCUCGAGGAGAUGGUCCAGAAGCUGGAGACCCGGCUGGCCGAUGAGCGCGGGCGUGCCGAGACUGCGCUGCGGGAGGACAUGGAGAGGCUGGCAGAGAAGAACCUGCAGCUGACCAUGAAGAACCAGCAGCUGGAAGACAGCAUGCAGGACAUGGAGGAGGCAUUGGUGCAGAUCAAAGUUCUGUAUGCUGAGAGCGAGAACCAGCGCGAGCUGCUGGCAAAGCGCUUCGAGGAUCUGCGCCGGGCGCUGAAGUAA